CCACCCCCGGGCGCUCUGGCCGCGCACCCGGAAGCGGCGGCGGGGCCGCGCCAUGGCGGGGACGGCGCUGAAGCGGCUCAUGGCCGAGUACAAGCAGCUGACCCUGAACCCACCUGAAGGGAUCGUGGCAGGUCCCAUGAAUGAAGAGAACUUCUUUGAAUGGGAAGCCCUGAUCAUGGGUCCUGAAGACACCUGUUUUGAGUAUGGUGUGUUCCCUGCUAUCCUGAGCUUUCCACUCGACUACCCAUUGAGUCCUCCGAAGAUGAGGUUCACGUGCGAGAUGUUCCAUCCCAACAUUUACCCAGAUGGGAGAGUCUGCAUCUCUAUCCUUCACGCUCCCGGGGAUGAUCCCAUGGGAUACGAGAGCAGCGCAGAGCGGUGGAGUCCCGUGCAGAGCGUGGAGAAGAUCCUCCUGUCGGUUGUUAGCAUGCUGGCAGAGCCAAAUGAUGAAAGUGGAGCCAACGUAGAUGCCUCCAAGAUGUGGCGGGAAGACAGAGAACAAUUUAACAAAAUUGCCAAGCAGAUUGUGCAGAAGUCACUCGGACUUUAAGCUCACAGAGAGACUGAAGUGUUUUGUAUUUCUCUCCACCUGGAAACGAGCAGUGCUCAGUGCUGGUACCAAAAAGGAAAACUUUGUAAAACUAUUGGCCUAGUUCUUAUCAUUUGUUAUUUAUUUACCAUCUCUCUUCUUCCGCUGCUCCAGAGAAGCCUCUAGUUCACAAGCUAAACUGUGUGGAAAAGGGAUUCAGUGCUAGGGAAAGAAUACAGAGACAAUGCUGUUUCAAAGGCUGCUUGUUGCUACCUCACUUUGUGGUGUGGAAAGCCUGGAGACUUGGCAAUCUGCAGCCCGCCCUCACCCAUUUGCUGUUGGAGAGCAGCGCUGGUUUGGGUCAACUGCUGGAAGAAUUAGUUGUGUUUUUUUAGGUAGCGUUGCGUCUGGAGCAGUAGUAGACAGAAAAUAAUCUAUCCAUUUUAUGAUACUCUCUAGGUUAAGGGCAGGAUUUGCAGUCAGAUCUGAUUUGAAAAGUAUAGUUAGCGGGAGAGGCUACAAAGCAAGGUUAUAGUUGGGGUGUGUUAGCAAAGAAAGGAACUUCAGAGAGGAUGUAGGGAGCUGUGAGGACUGGCUGGGGAUCUGGAAGGUGCUGGUGUUCCUGUGUGACACUGUGAGUUUGUACUGAGCCUUUGAGUCAGUGUUGGCUUAGCAGAAAUCCCAAGAGCUGCUUUAUUACUCCUUGAAGACACUCAGUUGUAAACUUUACACUCAGUUAGAGGCACAAGGUGUAAAGACUGGAUUGUGAAACACUUGGAUCCAGGUUCAGCCGGACAGCUCUGUGAGCUCCUCCCCUGGUGACACGUGGCUUUUGAGAGGAUUCGGCGCUGCUGGCCUUUGCUGUUACAGCCCAGGUCACCCAUUUUCAGGUGAACGAGCGAAGAUGAACAUGAUGAACUUGUUAAAAUUACCUGUGACACUCUAUGCUGAGUGCCCUUAUGUAUUAAAUAGGAGCCAGAGAAGACAGGGGCUGUUUUCUCGAGGAUGGUACGAUGCAUGUUUUGAACUGCAGUGUUGUAGCCGAUAUGAAGGGUGCAGGAAAAACCAGCUGAUCAGUUCCUAAAACUGCUGAGGGGCCUCUGCUGACCUUUCUGCUUUGCGAGCCAAUCUCACGUGUAGGUCCACAUCUUCAAUUUACUACAAGCAAUAACAUGCCCAUUGACAGCACACAGAGCCUGAUUUUGUUGGCAGCUUUAAACGGGCUAAAUCUGACAAGGGCUGGUUUUCUUUUAAUGUGAAGAGCGUGUGACAUGGAAGGAGUCGCAGCGUGGAGAAAGCUCUACAGAGGUGAUGUGUGCAUGUGCGUGGUACAACUCGUCAGUGUUUCUGUCUUGCUCUCCGUGGUGCAGACUGCACUGUGCCAUCGUUCUGCACCUCUGAAGGGUUUGUAUUGCUACAGCUUGCUGAUUUUUACCUCCUUGUAGAAGUAAUUGUUGCUUUGAUGUAAGGGUGGGAGGGGGACCGGACAUAGCUUGGGAGCAGAGAUGACAAAAUAGUGUUGUACCUAACUAGUAUUUCAAGGCAUACAGGAAAAUGUAGCACUUUACACAAACUGGGAGCGUUUUUUGAAUUGAAGCAGAGGGAGGAUUGCUCCUGGGAGCACUGCAGCCACUUUGGGGAACAACGCUGGAGAGCUGCAAAGGGCCAUGUGGCCAACGAUGGAUUCAGCAGACGUGGCGAAAGUGGGGUUUGGUUAAGUGCAGAGUGUUUUAUUCAUGUGUGCUUACUCAUUAUCUUGAUUUUAUGGUGGGAUUUAGUCUGUAUACUGAAAAUAAAGUGAUUAUAUUUUCUCCUUUCA